UUCAACAAAAAAUAAAAAUGCAACAAGUGAUAUUGAACAAUUGUGACAAGGCCAUGCCGGCAAUUGGCAUGGAAACUGUUCUUUCAUCUCGGCCAGGGGCAGACCCAUUGGAGACGAUGAAAUCCGCUCUAUUAGAGGCCAUUAAAGCCGGCUAUCGCCAUUUCGACACCGCCUUUAUUUAUCAAUCGGAAAAACCUCUAGGAGAAUCCAUUGUUGAGGCUCUACAUCUUGGUCUUAUUAAAUCAAGGGAUGAACUUUUAUAUUAUGAAAAAAACUUACACUUAGAAUUGCAAUUGGAAUAUGUGGAUAUGUAUCUAAUUCACCACCCUUUGAGAGUAAGUGAAACAAUUCAAAAAUUGCCAGUUCCAAAAGAAAUAAUUCAUGCAUUGGAUAUUAAGGGUGUGUGGGAAGGUAUGGAAGAAUGCAAAAAUCUUGGACUCACUAAGGGAAUUGGUGUUAGUAAUUUCUCCUGCAAAAAACUUGAGGAACUUCUUUCCGUCGCUAAAAUUCCUCCUGCCGUUAAUCAAGUGGAGAUGAAUCCAAUUUGGCAACAAAAGGAACUAAGGGAAUUUUGCAAUGCAAAGGGAAUUCAUAUAACUGCUUAUUCUCCUUUGGGUGCAUAUAAUACAAUUUGGGGUGACAAUAGAGUUAUGGAAUGUGAUGUUCUAACUCAAAUUGCUAAAUCCAAAGGGAAAACCACUGCUCAGGGGUAA